AUGGCUCACUAUCUCAUGAUCGCCCUCUGUAGGGACGAAGGGCAAUCGUCAUGCCGUAAACUGCAAGUCCCGGCCGCAAACGAUCUAGAUUCGCGUAAUUCACCCGCGCAACGUGGUAUUCAUUUCCGUCGCAGAGCCAAUUUAAUUCAUGAUCCUUACCUUGCAUCGGAGCGUCACCUACUCUCCACACCGAAAGUCCAUCAUUCGCACAACUCGAAAAGAAUUAUCUCUUCAUCGCAGUUCGGCAAGAAUGUUGAAAGGCGGAUCUUCCGAGUACCAAAUUGUAUGCGUGGAGUUCCCCUUCCUGAGCCUUAUUAUUUCUGGCUCCUCCCCGGCUCUUCUAGCUCCCGCGAAACUUCGCCUAAUGGUGGGAUCAUGACUUAUUCAGCCUACGUCUGUGCAUUCGUCACCUGUUUUUCUUGUCCCUCGAUCUGCUUUGCUUUCUUACUCUGUGUGCUUCGCCGAUUCUCUCCGCUCGCUAUAGAGGAGUGGACACCUCCGAUCCUGCUUAACGUGGUAGUGGAGAUCACUGAACUACGGUCCGAUGAAUUGAAAGAACUUAUGAAUGCCUUAGCGCUGUAUUCAAGAAUACUAAACGCCAAGAUUUCGAGGGCACGGCAUCUAUGUAUCGCUCGCGGGGACCCUGGACACCGAGAUCGUCCCAGGGUGCAUAUAGACGCACACACUGGGGCAAACCUUCGUUUCGGCUCUUCUCAUUCUCAUUCUCGAGAAACGAUCUGCGCAACAACAUAUUCAUCAUGCACGAUUAGUCCGAAUACGCUAGAGGUAAGCGCUCUUCCUUCUGGGCUGGUUGAGAGCAAAAAUGGGGAAGAAGAAGGGAAAGUGCAUACUACAUGGAAAGAUUCCGAGUACCCCACGAGCGAGCUUCAAACUUCGGGCUUCAGAUUGUCUCCGAAGGAAGAUAAUGACAUUGGAUGGAUGGCUCGCGGAGCGAUAUUCUUCCGCCCGAAUAAGUUCAAUGACGAAGAGGUGCCGAAUGCGAAGAGGACUUUUGUUGCUCUUCCCAAUGAGCAAAAACUCAUACCAGUACCACUGUGCCAAUCGUUAUUCGAGCUCCGAUAA